AGCCUAAUAUCGGCCAGAUAUCGCUUAGGGCACCUUUAACUUGCACCCUAAGGUAUGCCGGCUUAGGCAGCAGGAAGGUCAAUCUGUCUCCAACCCGUUCGACCACAAUUAUGAACUUUGGCCUAUUAUGACCUUAAUUAAACAUGGCUAAGGUUAUAAAGAGAUCUUUUAUCCCCACUCCUCCAGUCUUAUUUGCUGUAGUUUUGAUUUUAUCUUUCUUCCUGCUGCAGAAAUACAACCUUACGAACUUCAGUACAAAACCCCUGAGGAAGAGAAAAGUUACAGCCUUUGGCACUAGGGGUUCAUUCAUCGACUGGUACAACGUUACAUCAGCAUUUCGUAUUAGCAAUCAGACAAGUCGCUAUUUCAACCUAUCAACAAAUUUCGCCAUCAUCGACCAUAACCAAUGUAAGAAAAAUAGAACGUCUGUUGUCAUGACAACACCAGUGGGACAUUACCGGACAUGCGCAGUAGUCGGCAAUAGCGGCAUUCUCCGUGACAGCGGCUGUGGGGACGACAUUGACCGCAAUGAUUUUGUUAUCAGAGUAAAUGAUGCUCCAUUAAAGACAUUCGAACAGGAUGUCGGUGAGAAGACGAACAUGACCAUUAUCAACCGCAUAGUGUUAAACUGGAUCCAUUUUGACCCCGAAUGGAUAAUUUCUCGGAAUAACUCCAUAAUGAGCUAUACACUCGGCACCCACACAAACCUUCCUGCUUUAAACGCGAUGAUAAGGAGGUUGGAUCUUAACAUCACAAUCACGUGUUCGGUGUCUCCACCAAGGCAAUAUAUCAAAACGUUCUGGAAUGAGAAGUACAACAGCAACCUUUCCAGAGAGGUGGUUACAACUGCCGGACUCAACACCUACACCCUCGCCAGUACAUUUUGUGACGUCAUCACCCUAUAUGGCUUCUACCCAUAUCAAACGGAUGUUCACAACAAAACAGUAUAUUACCGUUACUUCGACCAGAUACCCAUGGAAAAGAAAGUCAAGAGAAGUAUACAUGAUUAUUUUCAUCAGCAUGAACUUUUAAAAUCACUACAUGACAGUGGGGCACUUAAGUUGGUAACGGAUGUAUGUAAAUAAUGAAUCGACGUAACCAUUUCGCAAAAUCUGUCAGAAUGUGCGAAUUUUACAGUCUUACUCCAGGGUUCAAGAUGACAUAUUGAGAACUAGAGAGGCCGACAAAAUACAGCAUAUUUCAGUCCA